AUGUCACAACAAUAUGGUGUAAACCAAAUAAUUCAAAACAGACCAACAACUCCCGGGGGAGAAAGAAGCAGUAACCUAACCCCACCCGAAGAUCCAAGGGGUUCACAACAAGCUGGUAAUGAUGUUGAUGGUGCUAAUGAUGAUGCCGAUGAUGAUGUUGUUGAAACUCCAUAUGAAAGCAACACCAUUGUGUCGAGAGAAAAAUGGGGUGCAAAAGAAGAUGAUGCACUCAUAUCAGCUUGGAUAGAAUGUGCAGUUGAAGAUCCAGAGACGGCAACGGAUCAAAGUUUGGCUAUAAUGUGGAGAAACAUUAUGGCCUUGUAUGAUCAAGCUAGAGAAGAUAUUCCAUCCACCAUGCGCCCUAGAAGUUUGAGAUCUAUGAAAAGUCGGUGGGGAAGAAUAAAUAGAGAUGUGAGUACAUGGGUUGGUUGUUAUGGUGAGGCAAUAAAAAGAUAUAAGAGUGGCACCAACACUCAUGAUGAGAUGACUGAAGCUCAUGAAAUAUAUAGAGGGACGUGUAAUGGUGCACGCUUUGGUUUAAUUGGUUGUUGGGAGAUGUUGAGAGACUUAGACAAAUGGAGACCAAUAGACCUAGAAGUACCUUCUAGUGGUGGUGGCAAUUCGAAAAGAUCAGAACCUGAUACUCCAACUGAUGAAGGUCCAAUAACUCGUACUCGUCGUCGUCGUCCUGAUGGGGUGAAAAAACAAAAAGGAAAGGUAAAUCUGUUGCUAGUUCCGGUAUUCAAAAUGUUGGUAGUUCUAAAAUUCAAAAUUUAG